AUGGUAAUAGAGCAGAUUUUACAGGACUUUAGUAUAUUGUUCCAUGAAAUAAUCAAUAACUUGCCUUCUCAGUUACCUGACUUCAACGUUCCAAUCACAUACGGUAUACCGAAUGUUACGACAGAAUGUAUGAAAGAUCUUCUUACAGUCGUCCCUACUUCGACGAAUAUCUCAACAUGGACCGCAAAUCAAACAGCUAUUUUCACUCCAAUGCUCGAUGCAAGUGGAAAGGUUUCUCCCGGUAUCCUGAGAGGUAACACUAAACUAGUUGGCCUUUACAGCGAGUGUGCAGCGAUUAAUGCUCAAGUCGAGAAGGAUCGGUGGAUAAUAGGCGGAUACGGAAGACUGUUCAUCGACGCCUCAUUUCGCGAUUACAGAGACCCGAGCUCUUCUUGUCAUACCACUUCUAUGAUAUUUCAAGGAUGGACGCUUGAUUUGUGUGUGCCCCUUCGUUGUUCAGACUCGACGAAUUUGCUUGCAAUUGGACGAGCUUUAUCAGUAAACGGUUCGGUGCCAGUUUGCAGAGCAUUAUCGAUCAUUGAACAAGGUCGCAAGAAGGAUUACCGAACUUGGAUUGUUGUGGCUGUUAUGGGUUUGGUUGGCGUUGCUACAUUUGCUGGCACCAUUUAUGACUACUUUCUUGAUUCAGAUUUUAAAGCACGUUAUGCACACACAAAGUGGGCGCAGUGCUUAGUGGCAUUUUCUUUUUAUGCGAACGUUUGCCAAAUAAUGGCUAUGGACGAUAAAAAGCCUGGCCAAAUCGGUUCAAUACAUUUUAUGAGAUUUAUUAGUUUAUGUUGGGUCGUCCUUGGUCACGUUUGCAUGAUGAAUGUUGUUGUUGAUGGUAAGUGUGGACCUGAUUUUUUGACGUCAAGAAACAUGAAUAAGUUUAUAUGCUUUAUGUGA